GUAGUCUGCUCCUCUCUGCCACUGCAGUCGCCUGUCGGACCUGAGACUGCGGAUUAUCCGGGGGACUGUAGGUGCUCACUGGGGGGGUCAAAAUGGUGAAGAUAACGACAGUUAAGACCAAGCCGUACUUGGACCAGAAGCCCGGAACGAGCGGUCUGAGGAAGAGGGUGACUGUGUUCCAGCAGAACCAGCACUAUGCGGAAAACUUCAUCCAGAGCAUUAUCUCUGUCGUCGAGCCUGCGGAGCGUCAGACGGCCACUCUGGUGGUGGGAGGAGACGGCAGGUUUUUCAUGAAAGACGCGAUUCAGCUCAUCGUCCAGAUCUCAGCUGCCAACGGGAUAAAUCAUCUGGUGAUUGGGCAGAAUGGCAUCAUGUCCACCCCAGCUGUCUCCUGUGUGAUCCGCAAGCUAAAUGCAGUUGGCGGCAUUAUCCUCACAGCCAGCCACAACCCAGGUGGCCCCAAUGGAGACUUUGGCAUCAAGUACAACAUCUCCAGUGGAGGACCUGCACCAGAGGGCAUCACAAAUAAAAUAUUUGAUGUCAGCAAAAGCCUGCAGGAGUAUCUUAUCUGCCCUGAUUUGAAAGUAGACCUGUCCAAGAUCGGAAAGCAGACUUUUGAAGUGGACACUUUCAAGCCUUUCACAGUGGAGAUUGUGGACUCUGUGGAAGCCUAUGCUGAGAUGCUGAGGGGUAUCUUUGACUUUGCUGCAUUGAAAGAGCUUCUCUCUGGAGCAAAUCACAUUAACGUCCGGUUGGAUGCUAUGCAUGGAGUGGUUGGACCUUAUGUAAAGAAGAUAGUCUGUGAGGAGCUGGGCUCUCCCGCCAACUCUGCGGUCAACUGUGUCCCCAAGGAGGAUUUUGGGGGCCAUCACCCUGAUCCUAACCUGACCUAUGCUGCUGACCUGGUCAAAACAAUGAAGGGAGGCGAAUAUGACUUUGGAGCGGCUUUUGAUGGUGAUGGUGACCGUAACAUGGUGCUGGGUAAACAUGGCUUCUUCGUGAACCCCUCAGACUCUGUGGCUGUCAUUGCUGCCAACAUUACUAGCAUCCCUUACUUCCAGAAGACUGGUGUGAAAGGAUUGGCCCGCAGUAUGCCAACCAGUGGAGCCCUGGACAAUGUAGCUAAAGCUCUUCAGAUGCAGCUGUAUGAGACUCCAACUGGCUGGAAGUUCUUCGGGAACCUGAUGGAUGCUGGCAAACUUUCACUGUGUGGAGAGGAGAGCUUCGGCACUGGCUCAGAUCAUAUCCGUGAGAAGGACGGCCUGUGGGCGGUGCUUGCGUGGUUGUCUAUUUUAGCCACCAGGAAACAGAGUGUAGAGGACAUCAUGAAAGAGCACUGGCAGAAGUUUGGCAGGAACUUCUUCACCAGGUAUGACUAUGAGGAGGUCGAAUCAGAUCCCGCCAACAAGAUGAUCAAGGAUCUGGAGACGGCAAUGUUCGAGCCGUCCUUCAUAGGAAAGAAGUUUUCGUCUGGUGACAAGACUUAUGAGGUGGCUGUCGCCGAUAACUUCGCCUACACAGACCCUGUCGACGGUAGCGUGUCCAAAAAUCAGGGCCUCAGAAUCAUUUUCUCUGAUGGUUCAAGGAUUAUUUUCCGUCUCAGCGGUACAGGCAGCGCCGGAGCAACCGUCAGGCUCUACAUAGACAGCUAUGAGAAGGACCCCCAGAAGAUUUACCAGGACCCACAGGUCAUGUUGGCUCCUCUGGUAGACAUCGCCCUGAAGGUUUCUCAGCUCCAAGAGAGGACUGGACGCACCGGCCCAACUGUGAUCACAUGAUUCCUCUGUUACACUGCAUCCAUUCAGCAGCAGGGUACCUCCACUCUCAUGGGGGGGAUGAAGCUGCACUUAAAUGCUUGGGUUAAAUGUUUUGCCCCCCCUGUAAAAAAGAAAAGGAAGAGAGCUGGAUACGAAACCUGGUUAAAAUAAAUAAUAAUAAAUGAUUUACAUUACACUGCCAUCUUCUAGUGAAAGACUAGUGUGAACGCUAAUAUAGUUGUUGCUAGGUCAUUUCAAGUUGCCAUGAGGAUAUUAUGAAUAUUAACAGAUUUAUAGAGCAUUUAAGUAUUAAAGACUUAUGGUCUGUGUCUGUCAACUGGUGUCUUAUGCAAUUUCUGUUCAACUACUGGCCAUUAAUCAGCUGUUCCCCCAAAGCAAACCUCUAAAUGCGCACCACAGGUUAGGCCUUGACAACAAACAUAUCCACUAAUAAUAAAAGAACCUUACAUAAAGUAAGAACUGUAGUCAUGU